AUGAGCCUUGGAAACGCGACUCUGGAUAUUCUUAGGCUUAUUGUCGUCAACGUCGAGAGCGGCAAUAGCCAUGCCUGGAGUCACCUCUACCAGGGCCUCGGCAACAAGGCCUGGAACGAGCUCAUGCCAGACGGCCUUCGCAACCAGCAAAGCAAGCGAAACCUGGCCAACCUGCGCCUUGUGAACCGAGCCUUUUGCGCCGUGGCAUCGCAGCUCCUCUUCAGCCACAUCGACGUGUCGUAUGACGUGACCAAGUCGAGCGUGGUCAACAUGACGCGGCUUGAGGCUCUGCUUACCUUCAGCGACAACAUCUACAACGACUGCAUCCGCCACUUCCGGGUCAACUUUGACGUGCCGCGCAACUGCGUGGACCGCUAUUGGAUCGGCUGCUACCUCCGGAACCUCGCGUUUGUGCUGCCCAUCUUUAUGGCAAGGGCGGGUCGCCUCGAGACGCUGGCGGUGCGCAACUUGGUGGGAUACUCGUCGAGGACAAACGAGAGGCCCGAGGAUUUGUUCGAGGAAAUGGGCAAUUCAAACAAAGUGACUGAGGCCUUUAUCAAGGCGCUGCGCCGUGUGCCCCUGCCGUAUCUCAGGAGGCUGAGUCUCUGGCUGCCUGCCUCGGUCGAGCUGCAGCAGCUGGCUGGCGAGUCGCCGGGGCAGCUGUCCAUGAACACGGUGGUGCGGCGCCUCCGUCAUGUGGAUCUCGGCAUCUGGGACAAUAUCGACAACGCCGGCUUCCCAUGGGACGAGAUGAAGGAGCUGGGCCAGGCGGGGCCGCUGCCGAAGCGCGGGUACGCGGCGCUGCUCCUCGGUGUCCUGGACAAGACGCCCAACCUCGACCUGGAGAGCCUCUCCAUCAGCACGCGCUGCGAACACGUCAACCUCGCCGGCCUCGCAGGCCAGACGUUUCUCAGCCUGCGCACGGUGCACCUCGCGGGGGUGAGCUUGCCCAGCCGCGCACUGCUGAGCGUGACCGUCGAAAGCGCCGGGACGCUGCACACGCUGGAGCUGAACCGCGUGCUUCUCACCACCAGCAGAUGGGCCGACGUGCUGCCAGAAAUUGCGCGCCUCGAGAAGCUCUGCCACUUCAGCACCACGUCCUGCGGCUACGACGAGCGCGGUGCCAGCCGCCACUGGCGCGAGGACGUGUACGACGCCGGCUUCCCCAACCGCGACCUCGGGACCUCGGCCAAGGUCGACUUCCAGGCCCUCGGCUGCGUCCAGCGAGCCGUCAACGAGAGGCGUGCGCUGCGCGGCCUCACGCCCGUCCCCGAGUACCAGUAUCGCCACCUCUUCCUCGCGCCGCCCGCGCCGGAGUCGGAGCUGCCGCCAAGGCCUGCGAGUCCCGCAUUCGAACUGCCCGACGGGUUUGAAGAAGGGGAAUGGGAGACGUCCAUGGAGAUUUGA